UAGCCACCCCCCCUCCCGGCCCGGAUUAUAGUCUCUCGCCACAGCGGCCUCGGCCUCCCCUUGGAUUCAGACGCCGAUUCGCCCAGGGCUCUUGGCUGGCUCAGUCUGAGGACAUGCGACAGUGGAUCUUGGGAUUUGUUUGGGAAAUGGGAAGUAAUGACAGCUGGCACCUGAACUAAGUACUUUUAUAGGCAACACCAUUCCAGAACUUCAGGAUGAAUGGGGAUAUGCCCCAUGUCCCCAUCACUACUCUCGCGGGGAUUGCUAGUCUCACAGACCUCCUGAACCAGCUGCCUCUUCCAUCCCCCUUACCUGCUACAACUACAAAGAGCCUUCUCUUUAAUGCACGAAUAGCAGAAGAGGUGAACUGCCUUUUGGCCUGUAGGGAUGAUAAUUUGGUUUCACAGCUUGUCCAUAGCCUCAACCAGGUAUCAACAGAUCACAUAGAGUUGAAAGAUAACCUUGGCAGUGAUGAUCCAGAAGGCGACAUACCAGUCUUGUUGCAGGCUGUCCUGGCAAGGAGUCCUAAUGUUUUCAGGGAGAAAAGUAUGCAGAACAGAUAUGUACAGAGUGGAAUGAUGAUGCCUCAGUAUAAACUUUCUCAGAAUUCCAUGCACAGUAGUCCUGCAUCUUCCAAUUAUCAACAAACCACUAUCUCACAUAGCCCCUCCAGCCGGUUUGUGCCACCACAGACAAGCUCUGGGAACAGAUUUAUGCCACAACAAAAUAGCCCAGUGCCUAGUCCAUAUGCCCCACAAAGCCCUGCAGGAUACAUGCCAUAUUCCCAUCCUUCAAGUUAUACAACACAUCCACAGAUGCAGCAAGCAUCAGUAUCAAGUCCCAUUGUUGCAGGUGGUUUGAGAAACAUACAUGAUAAUAAAGUUUCUGGUCCGUUGUCUGGCAAUUCAGCUAAUCAUCAUGCUGAUAAUCCUAGACAUGGCUCAAGUGACGACUACCUACACAUGGUGCACAGGCUAAGUAGUGACGAUGGAGAUUCUUCAACACUGAGGAAUGCUGCUGCCUCUUUUCCCCUGAGGUCUCCACAGCCAGUAUGCUCCCCUGCUGGAAGUGAUGGGACUCCUAAAGGAUCAAGACCACCUUUAAUCCUUCAGUCUCAGCCUCUACCUUGUUCAUCACCUCGAGAUGUUCCACCAGACAUCUUGCUAGAUUCUCCAGAAAGAAAGCAAAAGAAGCAAAAGAAAAUGAAAUUAGGCAAGGACGAAAAAGACCAGAGUGAGAAAGCUGCAAUGUAUGAUAUCAUUAGUUCUCCAUCCAAGGACUCUACUAAACUUACAUUAAGACUUUCUCGUGUAAGGUCUUCAGACAUGGACCAGCAAGAGGAUAUGCUUUCUGGUAUGGAAAAUAGCAAUGUUUCAGAAAAUGAUAUUCCUUUUAAUGUGCAGUACCCAGGACAGACUUCAAAAACACCCAUUACUCCACAGGAUGUAAACCGCCCACUAAAUGCUGCUCAGUGUUUGUCGCAGCAAGAACAAACAGCAUUCCUUCCAGCAAAUCAAGUGCCUGUUUUACAACAGAACACUUCAGUUGCUACAAAACAGCCCCAGACUUCUGUGGUACAGAAUCAGCAGCAGGUAUCACAACAGGGACCUAUAUAUGACGAAGUGGAAUUGGAUGCAUUGGCUGAAAUUGAACGAAUAGAGAGAGAAUCAGCUAUUGAAAGGGAGCGCUUUUCAAAAGAAGUUCAAGACAAAGAUAAGCCUUUGAAAAAAAGAAAACAAGAUUCUUACCCACAGGAGGCUGGGGGUGCUACAGGAGGUAAUAGACCAGCUUCUCAGGAGACGGGUUCUACGGGAAAUGGGUCAAGGCCAGCAUUAAUGGUUAGCAUUGAUCUUCAUCAGGCAGGAAGAGUGGACUCUCAGGCUUCUAUAACUCAGGAUUCAGACUCCAUAAAAAAGCCUGAAGAAAUCAAACCAUGUAAUGAUGCACCUAUUUCUGUUCUUCAGGAAGAUCUUAUUGGAAAUCUUAAAUCUACACCAGAAAACCAUCCUGAGACUCCUAAAAAAAAGUCUGAUGCUGAGCUUUCAAAGAGUGAAAUGAAACAAAAUGAAAGUAGAUUGACAGAAUCUAAACCAAAUGAAAACAGAUUGGUGGAGACAAAGUCAAAUGAAAGUAAGUUAGAAACUAAAAUUGAGACACAAACAGAAGAACUGAAACAGAAUGAGAGCAGAACAACUGAAUCCAAACAAAAUGAGAGCACCACAGCCGAACCUAAACAGAAUGAAAAUAGACUGUCUGACAUAAAACCAAAUGACAACAAACAAAAUAAUGGCAGAUCAGAAACAACAAAGGCAAGACCCGAAACCCCAAAGCAAAAGGGUGAAAGCCGACCUGAAACUCCAAAACAAAAGAGUGAUGGGCGCCCUGAAACCCCAAAACAGAAGGGUGAUGGACGGCCUGAAACUCCAAAGCAGAAAGGUGACGGCCGACCUGAAACUCCAAAGCAAAAAAAUGAAGGUCGGCCUGAAACACCAAAACAUAGGCACGAAAAUAGGAGGGAUUCUGGAAAGCCAUCAACAGACAAAAAACCUGAAGUGUCUAAACAUAAACAGGAUAUUAAAUCUGAUUCACCUCGGUUAAAAUCAGAACGAGCUGAAGCCUUAAAGCAGAGACCUGAUGGGCGAUCUAUUUCUGAGUCAUUAAGACGCGACCAUGAUAGUAAACAAAAAUCAGAUGACAGGAGUGAAUCAGAGCGACAUCGAGGGGAUCAGUCUAGGGUUCGAAGACCAGAAACAUUGAGAUCCUCUAAUAGAAAUGAACAUGGCAUUAAAUCUGAUGGUUCAAAGCCUGAUAAACUAGAAAGAAAACAUAGACAUGAAUCAGGGGACUUACGGGAAAGACCAUCUUCUGGGGAGCAAAAAUCAAGGCCUGACAGUCCUCGUGUUAAACAAGGAGAUUCUAAUAAAUCAAGACCUGAUAAGCCUGGUUUUAAAUCACCAAAUAGUAAAGAUGACAAAAGGACAGAGGGCAAUAAGAGUAAAGUAGAUAGUAACAAAGCUCAUCCUGACAAUAAGGCAGAAUUUCCAAGUUAUUUGUUGGGGGGCAGGUCUGGUGCAUUGAAAAAUUUUGUCAUUCCAAAAAUCAAGAGGGAUAAAGAUGGUAAUAUUACUCAGGAGACAAAGAAAAUGGAAAUGAAAGGAGAGCAGAAAGACAAAGUAGAAAAAAUGGGAUUAGUUGAAGAUCUAAAUAAAGGAGCUAAGCCUGUAGUUGUGCUGCAAAAACUGUCUUUGGAUGAUGUUCAGAAACUUAUUAAAGAUAGAGAAGAUAAAUCAAGAAGUUCCCUUAAACCUAUCAAGAAUAAACCAUCAAAGUCAAAUAAAGGUAGUAUAGAUCAAUCAGUGUUAAAAGAAUUACCCCCCGAACUUCUGGCAGAAAUUGAAUCCACCAUGCCACUUUGUGAACGUGUGAAAAUGAAUAAACGCAAGCGUAGCACAGUUAAUGAAAAGCCAAAAUAUGCUGAAAUCAGUUCAGAUGAAGAUAAUGAUAGUGAUGAAGCUUUUGAAUCCUCUAGGAAACGACAUAAAAAAGAUGAUGAUAAAGCUUGGGAAUAUGAAGAACGUGACAGAAGAAGCUCUGGGGAUCAUAGGAGAAGUGGCCACUCUCAUGAAGGAAGAAGGAGUUCAGGUGGUGGUCGUUAUCGAAACCGAAGCCCAUCAGAUUCUGACAUGGAAGAUUAUUCUCCUCCUCCCAGCCUUAGUGAGGUUGCUAGAAAAAUGAAGAAAAAAGAAAAACAGAAGAAGAGGAAAGCUUAUGAACCAAAACUAACACCUGAAGAAAUGAUGGAUUCUUCAACUUUUAAGAGAUUCACAGCCUCAAUAGAGAAUAUUUUGGAUAAUUUAGAAGAUAUGGAUUUUACUGCAUUUGGUGAUGAUGAUGAAAUUCCUCAGGAACUUCUCUUAGGAAAACACCAGCUUAAUGAACUCGGCAGUGAAUCUGCUAAAAUUAAAGCAAUGGGUAUAAUGGAUAAGCUUUCCACUGACAAAACUGUGAAAGUCCUAAAUAUCUUGGAGAAGAAUAUUCAAGAUGGGUCCAAGCUUUCCACUUUGUUAAAUCAUAAUAACGAUACUGAAGAAGAAGAAAGAUUAUGGAGAGACCUUAUUAUGGAGAGAGUUACAAAAUCAGCAGAUGCCUGUCUUACAACUAUCAACAUUAUGACAUCCCCUAACAUGCCAAAAGCUGUAUAUAUUGAGGAUGUAAUUGAAAGAGUUAUACAAUACACUAAAUUUCAUUUGCAGAAUACGCUUUAUCCUCAGUAUGAUCCUGUUUACAGACUAGAUCCUCAUGGAGGAGGCUUGUUAAGUUCAAAAGCAAAACGGGCUAAAUGUUCUACCCACAAGCAGAGAGUAAUAGUAAUGCUUUAUAAUAAAGUUUGUGAUAUUGUUAGCAGCUUAUCAGAAUUGCUAGAGAUACAACUUCUCACAGACACAACAAUUCUUCAGGUAUCAUCAAUGGGAAUAACACCAUUUUUUGUGGAAAAUGUCAGUGAACUACAAUUGUGUGCCAUUAAGUUAGUCACUGCAGUAUUCUCAAGAUAUGAAAAACAUAGGCAGUUAAUUUUGGAAGAAAUUUUUACUUCACUUGCAAGAUUACCAACCAGCAAGAGGAGUUUGAGGAACUUCAGGUUAAAUAGUAGUGAUAUGGAUGGAGAGCCUAUGUAUAUUCAGAUGGUUACAGCACUGGUUUUGCAACUAAUUCAGUGUGUUGUACAUUUACCAUCAUCAGAGAAGGACUCUAAUUCAGAAGAGGACUCAAAUAAAAAAGUUGACCAAGAUGUUGUCAUUACCAACUCUUAUGAAACAGCCAUGAGAACAGCCCAAAACUUCCUUUCCAUCUUCCUUAAAAAAUGUGGUAGUAAGCAAGGUGAAGAAGAUUACAGACCACUAUUUGAAAAUUUUGUUCAAGACCUUCUUUCAACAGUCAAUAAGCCUGAAUGGCCAGCUGCUGAACUACUCCUUAGUUUGUUAGGGAGACUGUUGGUUCAUCAAUUCAGUAACAAGUCAACAGAGAUGGCUUUAAGAGUGGCAUCUCUUGAUUACCUUGGAACUGUUGCUGCACGAUUAAGGAAAGAUGCCGUUACAAGCAAAAUGGAUCAAGGGUCAAUAGAACGAAUUUUAAAACAGGUUUCAGGAGGAGAAGAUGAAAUACAACAACUACAGAAAGCAUUGCUUGAUUACUUGGAUGAAAACACUGAGACUGAUCCUUCACUAGUGUUUUCUCGUAAAUUCUAUAUAGCCCAGUGGUUCCGUGACACAACUCUGGAAACAGAAAAAGCAAUGAAAUCACAAAAAGAUGAAGAAUCAUCUGAAGGAACACAUCAUGCGAAGGAAGUUGAGACAACUGGUCAAAUCAUGCAUCGAGCUGAAAACCGGAAAAAGUUUCUUAGAAGCAUUAUCAAAACCACACCUUCUCAGUUCAGCACAUUAAAGAUGAAUUCUGAUACUGUGGACUAUGAUGAUGCUUGUUUGAUUGUUCGAUACUUGGCCUCUAUGAGGCCGUUUGCCCAGAGCUUUGAUAUUUAUUUGACACAGAUCCUUCGAGUUCUUGGUGAAAACGCAAUUGCCGUUCGAACAAAAGCCAUGAAGUGUUUAUCUGAGGUUGUUGCUGUAGACCCCAGUAUUCUAGCAAGGCUUGAUAUGCAGCGAGGAGUUCAUGGACGAUUAAUGGAUAACUCCACUAGUGUUCGAGAAGCAGCAGUAGAAUUAUUAGGUCGAUUUGUUCUUUGUCGACCUCAGCUUGCUGAGCAGUAUUAUGAUAUGCUGAUUGAAAGAAUUUUGGAUACUGGUAUCAGUGUCAGGAAAAGGGUAAUAAAGAUUCUAAGAGACAUCUGUAUUGAACAACCAACAUUUCCAAAAAUUACAGAAAUGUGUGUAAAAAUGAUUCGCAGAGUCAAUGAUGAAGAGGGCAUUAAGAAAUUAGUAAAUGAAACAUUCCAAAAACUCUGGUUUACUCCAACUCCACACAAUGACAAAGAAGCAAUGACGAGGAAAAUUUUAAACAUCACUGAUGUGGUUGCAGCAUGCAGAGAUACUGGAUAUGACUGGUUUGAGCAACUCCUUCAAAACUUGUUGAAGUCCGAAGAGGAUUCCUCAUAUAAACCUGUGAAGAAAGCUUGUACUCAACUUGUUGAUAACCUAGUUGAGCACAUUCUUAAAUAUGAGGAAUCUCUAGCUGACUCUGACAAUAAAGGUGUGAAUUCUGGAAGAUUGGUAGCUUGCAUAACCACUUUGUUCUUAUUCAGCAAAAUAAGACCUCAGCUCAUGGUUAAGCAUGCCAUGACUAUGCAGCCAUACCUUACCACUAAAUGUAGUACACAAAAUGAUUUCAUGGUUAUCUGCAAUGUUGCAAAAAUCCUGGAGCUGGUUGUACCACUGAUGGAGCAUCCAAGUGAAACUUUCCUUGCUACUAUUGAAGAAGAUUUAAUGAAGCUUAUCAUCAAAUAUGGCAUGACUGUAGUGCAACAUUGUGUGAGCUGUCUGGGAGCAGUUGUAAAUAAAGUGACACAAAAUUUUAAAUUUGUGUGGGCCUGUUUCAAUAGAUACUAUGGUGCCAUUUCAAAAUUAAAAAGUCAGCACCAGGAGGAUCCAAAUAACACUUCACUUCUGACAAACAAACCAGCACUUCUUAGAUCCCUUUUCACUGUUGGAGCACUAUGUCGGCAUUUUGAUUUUGAUCUAGAAGAUUUUAAAGGCAACAGUAAGGUUAACAUAAAGGAUAAAGUACUUGAAUUAUUGAUGUAUUUUACAAAACAUUCAGAUGAAGAAGUACAAACAAAAGCCAUCAUUGGUCUAGGAUUUGCCUUUAUUCAGCAUCCAAGUCUAAUGUUUGAGCAAGAGGUGAAAAAUCUAUAUAAUAACAUUUUAUCUGAUAAGAACUCCUCAGUAAAUUUAAAAAUACAAGUUUUAAAAAACCUCCAGACCUACCUACAAGAAGAGGAUACACGUAUGCAACAAGCAGACAGAGACUGGAAGAAAGUUGCAAAACAGGAAGAUCUAAAAGAAAUGGGUGAUGUGUCCUCAGGGAUGAGUAGUUCCAUCAUGCAGCUUUACCUCAAACAGGUGCUUGAGGCGUUUUUUCACACCCAGUCAAGUGUACGCCACUUUGCCCUGAAUGUCAUUGCGUUGACGCUAAACCAGGGUCUUAUCCAUCCAGUUCAGUGUGUACCAUAUUUAAUUGCUAUGGGAACAGACCCAGAACCAGCUAUGAGGAACAAGGCUGAUCAGCAACUGGUGGAAAUCGACAAAAAAUAUGCUGGAUUCAUUCAUAUGAAAGCAGUGGCUGGUAUGAAGAUGUCCUACCAGGUACAACAGGCAAUCAACACAUGCCUAAAAGAUCCUGUGAGGGGUUUCAGACAAGACGAGUCCUCUAGCGCUUUGUGUUCACAUCUUUACUCCAUGAUCCGUGGAAAUCGCCAACACAGACGGGCCUUUCUAAUUUCUUUACUCAACCUCUUUGAUGACACAGCAAAAACAGAAGUGAAUAUGCUCUUGUAUAUAGCAGACAAUCUAGCCUGUUUUCCAUACCAGACACAGGAAGAGCCGUUGUUUAUAAUGCAUCAUAUAGACAUUACACUCUCAGUUUCUGGUAGUAACCUACUGCAGUCAUUCAAGGAGUCAAUGGUAAAAGACAAAAGGAAAGAGAGAAAAUCAUCACCUAGUAAAGAAAAUGAGUCAAGUGAGAGUGAAGAAGAAGUUUCCAGGCCUCGGAAGUCACGGAAACGUGUAGAUUCAGAUUCAGAUUCAGAUUCGGAAGAUGACAUAAAUUCAGUGAUGAAAUGCUUGCCAGAAAAUUCAGCUCCUUUAAUUGAAUUUGCAAAUGUCUCCCAGGGUAUUUUAUUGCUUCUGAUGCUAAAACAACAUUUGAAGAAUCUCUGUGGAUUUUCUGAUAGUAAAAUUCAGAAAUACUCUCCAUCUGAAUCUGCAAAAGUAUAUGAUAAAGCGAUAAACCGGAAAACAGGAGUUCAUUUUCAUCCCAAACAAACACUGGACUUCCUGCGGAGUGAUAUGGCUAAUUCCAAAAUCACUGAAGAUGUGAAGAGGAGUAUAGUAAAACAGUAUCUAGAUUUCAAACUUCUCAUGGAACAUCUGGACCCUGAUGAAGAGGAGGAAGAAGGGGAGGUGUCAGCUAGUACAAAUGCUCGGAACAAAGCAAUUACCUCGCUGCUUGGAGGAGGCAGCCCUAAAAAUAAUGCAGCAGCAGAGACAGAAGAUGAUGAAAGUGAUGGGGAGGAUAGAGGAGGAGGCACUUCAGGGUCAUUGAGAAGGUCAAAACGAAAUUCAGACUCUACGGAGUUGGCAGCACAGAUGAAUGAAAGUGUUGACGUCAUGGAUGUCAUCGCUAUUUGCUGUCCAAAGUACAAAGAUCGACCACAAAUUGCAAGAGUAGUACAGAAAACCAGCAAUGGCUUCAGUGUUCAGUGGAUGGCAGGCUCCUACAGUGGCUCCUGGACUGAGGCUAAGCGCCGUGACGGCCGCAAACUGGUGCCUUGGGUAGACACUAUUAAAGAGUCAGACAUUAUUUACAAAAAAAUUGCUCUAACGAGUGCUAAUAAGCUGACUAAUAAAGUUGUUCAGACUUUACGAUCCCUGUAUGCCGCCAAGGAUGGGACUUCCAGCUAAUGAAUUUGUACAUGCAGCCAAAUUUACAGGAAUUUUUUUAAAAGGCAGAAAAACUUGAAAUAUCAACAUUCUGGCAAAAAAAAAUCAGUUUUAUGAAGAGUAAGAAUGGAACCUGGGAUGCAGGAACAAAAGAAGGAAAUGUUGGGCAAACAUUUUUGUGGGAGCUCCCUUCGCUGUUGUGCAGCAGAAACAGAUUCUCAGUUCAUUUUUACUCCCACUGUAUUAUAGUUUAACAAAAAUUGUUUAUAUCUUGGAAAAAAACGUUCUGUUUAAAAAAUAAACAAGUGAAUGUUGGAAAUUAGUCUGUUAAUGUUCUUAAUAAAGUGUUCUUGGAGUUUAACCUAGCAGCGGAUGGCUUUCUUUAGCUUAGCCCAGUUUCCAGGGAAGCAUUGUUUUUUCCAGGCUGUAAAAUGGCAGACUCUCCUGGAUAUAUAAUUUAUUCUGUUGAAAAAAAAAAAAAAAAAAAAAAAAAGCAUGCAGUAUCUAUGACCUAUCUGCAGAAGGAGUUUUUGUAAAUGUAGAUUUUGAUGUAUUAGGUCACCCUGAAAACAAUACAAGAAAAGGGAUCCCCAGGCAAUCUGGUGGAGCGAAUACUGCAAUAAAUUUUUUUACUUCUCUUUGUUACUUGUCUGUUUCCAUUUGAAUUUCUUAUUGUAAAGAUCUGUUUAAAUCCAUUUAUAUUAUUUUGCAGUCUUUUAUGUAAAAUUUAUUAUAUCACUGGUUUUCAAAGCAAAACAUAAAAUAUUGUUUAUACAGUUUGUAUAGGCUGACUUCUGAAUAAUUGGUAUCUAUUAUUUUCAUUCCCAUAAGAGGGUGUAAACAGUUAACUCCAGGGUUUUAUUGUAUCCUGCAAUAUUUAGUAUUAACUAUAUAUGAUUUAGCACUGUGCCAAACACAUUUUCAAGAGUACAUUUUGAUAUAAAAAGAAACUAUAGUUUAUUCCUUGUAUGCUUCAAUUUCUUUCUAGUGAUGUCAUGAUGGUAAUAUUUAUUUUUUAAACCUGGGGAAAAGGUAACAGUCAUGCUAUUUUGGGAAACUAGCAUUUCUCUUAGUUAAAAUUAUGCUGUGUGUUAUUUUAGAAAUAGAGUGGAGUAUGACAUUUCGUAUUUACAUUACAUUUUUCACAAGUUAUUUUUUAAUGCUGAAAAAGGAGUAAUUUUACUAGUUGAGAUGUUUAUUCAUUUUCUAUUCUAAACAUUUUAUACCUCUUUGGAGAACGGUUGUUAUUACAAAUGGGGAGAGUGGGUAUUUAAUCAGUUGAUCUGCAUAGUUGAUGCUCAGAAAUAGUAAUGGCUAAAAUCGCAGGGGAGAAGGUGUGUUUCAAAUUUAAGUCUUUUAAAUUAAAACAAUGUGUACUUAUUUUUAAGUUCAUUUUUAAAAGUUGACCUCUAGAAUGUUAAGUUUUAUGAAAUUGGCCAAUAAAUUAAGAUUCUCAAUUUGUGAGGAAAAGUGACAUUGCCACAAAAUACCUUUUUGUGAACACUUAUUAAACCACAAUGAAAAUAACUUUUCAGGAUCUAUUUCCGAUGUGGAAUUCUUUCAGAACAUUUUCUUGAAGGAAAUGUUUUCCCACUCUUCUUCCACUUAAUUGUAUGUUUCCUCUUCCUUUUUACUGUGAACUCUGUAGAAUAAAACUAGAUUGGCUUUUUUCCCCCAUGGAGUAGUAUGUUUAAUCAGAAAGGACUUGAGGUAGCUAAUGAAAACAAUAGAAAUUCAUCAAUAAGAGUAAAUACUAAUGUAGAAAAAAUAUAAGAAAAUAAAGUCCAAGCCUGUAGAGUUCUAAAGAAGAUGUAGUAAAACUGAUCUUGAAUGCUAUGAAGGUUGACAAUCGUGCAUGCUGUUAUUUGAUUCUUAAAAAAACUCUGCUAGUUAAAUGUUUUAUCCCCAUUUUGUAGAUGAGGAAAACUGAGUCUCAGAUUCAGUAAUUAGUUUAUAAAUGUUGUAGGGAUUUAAAUUUGGAGUUGGAAUAAUUGUGUCUCACUAUUCUAAGCUAAUUAAACAAUUAAAGGAGAUGAUCCUUAUUGAAAGAUCAGUUCCUAAAGGAUACUUAGUGUGUUUAUACUUAGGGACCCUCUUCAGAGUGAGCUUUAGGGGGUAGGCACACAGUAGGUAAGGCUUCUCUUGCCAGGUGGAUUUCUGUGUUCAGGAAUUUUCCAUACAUUCUGAGUUCCAGUAUUUUAGCUAUUAAUAUAAGCCAAAUGUUGAUACAAUUCCUAAGCCUUAACCCUUAAAAUAUACUAACCAAAGUUUUCAAAAAGUAGAUUUCUCAAAUGUGAAUUUUUUAGGUCUUAACAGUAAAAUAGGUUAAGGCCUUGACGGUCAAAUCUACAAAAUCAAACUUUCCAUGUAUAUUAAGGGUUUACAAAGUUCAAUCUUAAUCGGUAGUUUGUUGAUACUGUAAUAUGCCAAAUCAUGUUUUAUUGAUUUGUAUUGAAAAGAAGGUGUGUUCUAUUUGAUAUAAAAAGCGCCAAGUACCUCUUCACUUUAAUAUAUUAAUUACGAAAUUUUUGUAUUUUCUUAAAUUGUUUACUAUUUUGACAGCGAAUGGGUAGUUUAAAAAAUUUGUAUCAAAAUACAAAGGCAGAAAACAAUUUAGUAAUCUCUAGUGAGAAAUUCUAAACUUUUAAAGAAAAGUAGUAUGUAGCUUACUUUGUUGAUAUGUUGAAUAUUUGAACCAUUAGCAGGUAACUGAAGCACACAGUUAUUGACGACUGUAGUCUAUCCAUGAAGACAGGUAAGUCCAGCUUUUCUGUCCAAUGUGGAUUUCAUGAGCAAUGAGCAAAGUUAUCAUAUGUUCACGUAGAAAGUGAACUUACCCAGGAAGGUAUGUGGUUUUCUUCACCCGUACUCCGCUUUCGGUUGCACAAAGAACUCAGUGUGGUCACUAGCGCAGCACCCAGGUGGUCUGCAUCUCCAAAGCUAUUGAUACUAAACUGGAAUAAGGUUACUUUUGCCAAUAUAAAUUCCAUCAGAUCAUUCACUUGAAAUGAUCAUGUAAUUUGAGACACUUGACAGUAAAUUUUGUGUUACAGAAAUCCUACUUGUUUGAACCUUUUGCUGUUUUGCCUUGCUCAUUUUAAAACUGAAGUUGGUUUAACCCCUUAGCUAAUUUUUGUCAUAGGAAGCAUAUUAUUCAUUACACAACUUGGUGUCAUAUUUUUAUUUGAAAAUUUUCCUAACCACUCAUUGUUCUGUUGGUCCUAACAGUUGAAUGUAAAUUUGGUGUAAUAGGUCACUGACCAAACAAGUUCCCAUUUGCAUAGUUUAUUGACCAAGUGGUGAUAAAAUCCCUGUGUUCUGUGUGAUAAUCCAGUGAAUACCACCGACCCACCCUUCUUUGUGAGGCGCCACUUGUAUAUGGCUUCAUGGCCCACACUGAUGCAGAAUGCACACAUUCUUUUAUUCUCAUCAGCAUUUUUUUUUAAUGAUUUUAACUUUUUGUUAGAGAAUCACCACAGACCCAUCACUCAGUUUCAAUCAUUCUGAAUUUCUGACCAAGCUUAUUUCAGCUACACCCUCUAUAUCCUCCUCUAUAUUUUUCUGAAACCCCAGAUACAUUAUUUCAUCUAUAAACACAUCAUCUUUAAAUAUUAAUACUCCUUGACAUCAAAUAUCCAGUAACUUCAAAUUUUCAAUGUCUUCAAAAUGUCUUUUUUAGUUUUAGGUCUUAAUCUAUAGAUGUCUUCAUCUUUUAUUCUUUACAAAUUUUUUAAUGAAGAAACUGAAUCUUGUCCUUGGGUUCUUAAGAAAUAGUUGGUUCUAAAUAGAGGAACAACAGUUAUUUUCCGCUUUGUAAUCCUUUUUCGUAACUGAAUUUAUUUUGGGUUUGAGAGACAUUGUCUCUCUCCCAAACUCCUGUGUAUUGAUUCUUAAGCCUGUGUAACCAGAAUAGUGGUGCCAUUACAGAGAUAAUGAAGUAAGGAGGUAGGUCUAGUUUUCAGAAAGAUGGUGAUAAACGUUUGUUUAAUCCUUUGAAUUUUAGUUGGCAAAUGCCAAACAGGCAAUUAGAGAUGAAGAACUAAAGUAAGGAAACACAAGUUUAAACAGAUAACAGAAGUUGCCCUGUGAUUAAAGUUCCUCUGUUAGUCAGAAUUUUGUUACCUACUGUUUGAAAUAAGUGGACAAUUGGUCGUGGUUAUUUUUUAUUAUAUAGUUUGUAGGCAUUGAAGUUUUGUUGAAUGUAAUUUUGCUUCUAUUUGUGACUUUUUUUUCAGUCAUUAGAACCUUAGAAAUGAAAAGUUAUUUUGUGUUACUUUGUCAUAUAGUUGUACUGUCUGCACCCUUUUUUCCCCACAAGAAAUGGCAGUGUUAAGUCUGCCGUGAUCAUAACUUGCCUAGAAUUGUAAUUUAGAACAAAGAACAGGAAAAUGUAAUCAUAAUCUAAGUUUGUCAUAAAACCUAAACUGAUAAUGGAUCUCCACAUUCCAUAGUUUUAAAAAAUUUCUAUAGAGUCUUAAACUAUGAGGGAUCUGACAACUCAUUUAAUCCAGGUAUUCAUGAACCUCUUUAAGUAUCUAAUGAAAGCCAUGAAAUCCCUACCUAGGAAACUAAACAAACCCUUCUUAGAAGACUGAACAGAAUUGUGCAUAUAAUUUCAGGGGAUUCCCGGUCACUCCCACCAGUGACAUGUAUAAACUGUUUUGGAAAUCCAUUAACUACAGGUGAAGAGAAAUUGAGGCUCAAAUAGGUGAAUUGAUAUCUACAAGCUACAGUUGACCCUUGAACAACAUGAGUUUGAACUGUGCAGUUCCACUUAUAUGCAAAUACUGUAACUUACUUUCCUUGUGAUUUUCUUAAUUUUUUCUUUUUUUUUGCUAGCUUAACUGUAAGAA